GUUUUUCCCUUAAGACAUAGUGGGUGUUUGGCGGGGCUUUUAAGCCCCGCUUCUGGACUUUUAAGUUGGAAGCACUUAUUCGUACCGUUUGUGUAAAAAGUCGAGAAGCACUUAAAAAAAGCUACGAUUCCUAGCUUUUGUUUCAUGACUUCUACUUUUUUGCCAAACACUUUAAUCACUUAUAAGUCUUAACUAACUUCUAACUUCUACUUCACUUUUUUAUUUUAAGCAAGAAGCACUUAUUUUAAGCUCAGCCAAACGGCCCCAUAAAUUCUACUUUGUUUCCAAGCUGGCUAAACUUCUCCUUGGCGUAUCAAUGGCACAACCUUCUUCUUCCACUAACAGAAAUGGUUGUUCUUUUGCACUCCACCGUGCAUGCUUGGAGCUACAAGGGGCUGCUACCAACAUUAUCAAGGUUAUUGAGCAAGAAAAGAACGGAUCUGAAGCUGCAGGCAAAGAACAGAGUGAAUACCAGGAAUCUAUUAUUAAUGCACUUACUGUGGAGAACUUUCAGCUGAAAGAAGAAAAUGGAGCGGCUAAGAACAAGCUCAUUUCGAAUCUGCCUGAAUAUUUUGGAGACGAGUAUGGCAUUGAGAUCAAGCUUUUAGGAGAGAUAGACAUUUCUCCCUUCAUUAGCAUUUUUACGAGAAGGCAAACAGCCAAACUGUCCAAUGACUCCACGAUCAUGAAAGCUACCGAGAUGUGCACCCGUUGGCAGGAAAAGAUUAAGAACCCGGCUUGGUCCCCUUUCAAAAAAGUGACUUCUGGUGGAAUUCAGAAAGAAAUUGUAAAUGAUGAUGAUGCAGAGCUGAAGAAACUGCGGAAGGAAAUGGGAAUAUCAGUGUUCAAGGCUGUUAAGAAAGCUCUGGAGGAAAUUAAUGAGCAUAAUUCGAGUGGACGCUAUCCUGUUGCUAAGCUGUGGAAAGUGGAGGAAAACAGGGAGGCGAGACUCGAAGAGAUGAUGCAGUGUAUGCUGGAGAAAACAACUCCCAAGCGCAGAAAAGGCGACAACACCGAUGGACAAAAUGCAGGUUGUACCAAGUGAAAUGAAGCAACUCUGGCUUCAGUUGAGUAACUUUAACUUUUGGAUUAGGGGCUUAAGCUGAAGUUUGAAACAAUAUGUUCCUUUGAUGUAUUUUGGUAUGCUGGCCGCAUGAACUCUGUUUCUUUUUUUCUUUUUUUUUUGAUAAUGAGAAUAAAUCUCAACGAAUA